CAGUCGCGACUCGCCUAAUGCGCUAUCUACUCUCACUCUGUGCGACUUUGCUCUUCUGCUUCUUAUACAUGUUCUUUUGUGGAUUGUUGCUUUACGCCGCUCGUUUAAACAGCCCGUAACUAUGUUAUGAUCAGUGGUUUGUGUUAGUGUGAUGUGUAAUCGGUUUUAUCUAAAGUAGCGGUUCAAGUGUGUGGUUUGCAGUAACAUAGAUUCAGUGACAUUACUCGCACAGCGGACGUAGGCAAGUGAGUUAUGAUCGAUGUGAAGGUGGUGAGAACCUUGCCGCGAGUAAAGUGAGCCAUGUGGGGACGUGACUAGGCGCGAUGGUGCGCAGUGGUCCGGUGGUUGCUGCCGCAGUGGCGAUGCUGGAGCAGCAGACCUCACACUCAGCAGGGGCGGCCCAGGGGCUGCGGAGGAUCGGGGCCGUGUCCGUGCUGCCCCGCCGGUCCGCCUCCACCACUGACUCCGACGGGGACUCCAGCUCCGAGGACCGCCACAGGUCGGAGGAACCUCCGUCCCUGGGGAAGACUGGAGACAGCACUGAGCAACAGUCCGCAGCACAGACAUGGACAGACUCAGCACACUCUGUGUCUUCUGAGGAGACAAGCUCUGCAUCCGAGACUGACGAGAACAACCGAGACGAACACAACACAACAGCAUGUGAUGAGGAUUUCCAGUGGAUACAGCACUGUGCGGAACCGGACAGUGUUAAAUCUGAACCCCAGGAGAUGCAAGACAAGUUUAACGAUCUGUACGCCACCAAUGGGAAGGACCCCGGGAAACCUGUCACUUACAGGAACAAGUCCUCAGGAAGUCUAAGAGGCAGUAGGAGGGAGAGGGAUAGCAAAUCAAAGUCCUCAAGUAUUUAUCCUCGGUUUCACUCUCCAUCGAGAAACUUUUAUGCGGACAACCUCUGCUACAACUGUUCUUCUAGCUGCCAGGACAUCCGCCACCAUAAGGACCCCCACCGCUACGGAAGCAGCCCUGGCCUCGACUGCCACUGGCUUGGACAACCCUAUGGUUGCUACCCUUGCCACCACCGCAAUAUCUCCCCCUACUAUUGUGACCAGCUCUACCCACAGUAUCGAUACAUCAAGAGCUCGACGGAUGCAGAGGAGAUGGUAAGGCGGUUGGAGGGGGACAAGGAAAGACUGUCACUGCAAGUAACUGUGCUUACCGAACAGAUCGACGCCCAGGCUGAGAAGAUUGCUGACCUGGAGAAGGCCCUGGAUGAGAAGAAAAAGCAGAUACACACUGCUGAGGAUGUCUUAAACAGAGAGAUGUUGACUCGGUCAUCAUUGGAGACUCAGAAACUGGAGCUGCUGGCUCUCGUGUCUGAGCUCAAGAGACAACAGGCUGCUCUUGAAAGGGAGAACUGCGAACUGAGAGAUCGCCUGGCAGAAGAGAGGCGUCGCAAUAAGCCUCCCAUCAUGCCCCGUAACUCUCCCUUCCCAGCGUCCACGCCCAACCAGAUUCCAGUAAGAGGAGUAUCCCCGUCACCCAGUCCAAUCACCAACAACUGUGCCAGUCCAAGGAAAGUGACAGAACACCAUGACGACAUCAGCCUACAACACCAGCAGAGUCCCUUGGCUGGCUACAAGCGUGCUGGAGAUCUACAGUAUAGCAGUCUGCCCCGCCAGGUGGGGCUCUCCACCACAACCCCCGCCCUAGACACACCCAGGAAAGGGGUGGCUUUUGGUAGGAGUCUGGUGUUUUUGAGGGCGGCGGGUGAUAGGAGCUCUUCAGUGCCCAACUUAGCUGAAACUGAGACCAUAGUGAUCACAGACUCUGUGUCGGACACAGACGGACGCAGCUACACACCACAGCCCUCUCCCUCCCCCUCCCUGCAGACCAACAAGUCCAGGGGUAUCAAGAAAAUAUUCAACAAAAUGAAGAGAAGUGGGUCAGGUAACCUGGACGACUUGCCGAGUGAUGUAGAAUUCCGACGUGGAGGUGUCAGGGCAACAGCGGGGGCAAGACUAGGCUGGUCUUCUUCUCCUCAACACAUCAAGCCAGAGCAGCCAUUUAGUGAAUGGAGCUGUGACCAGGUGUGUGAAUGGCUCACAGAGAUGGGACUCGACUGUGUGGUGGAGUACAAGCGCUGGGGUAAGAACGGAGCACAACUGUUGCAGGCCUCAUCACAGGACAUAGACAAGGAACUGGCUCUUAAGAAUCCUCUACAUCGAAAGAAGUUGCACCUUGCACUACACUGCCAGAAAGGUAUGGGAGGAGACACAUACCUGGGGGCGGCAGGAGGUCUGGACACCAGCUGGGUGUUACGAUGGCUGGACGACGCAGGGCUGCCACAACACAAGGAAGCCUUCCUGGCAGCCCGUGUUGAUGGCAGGCUGCUGCACCGGCUGACGGUGGACGACUUGGCAACACUGCAUGUCACCAGUGUACUCCAUGUGGCCAGCAUUCGCACUGGCAUCCAGGUGUUACGCACACAAAACUUUGAGCCAGCGUGCCUGGUGAGGAGGUCAGGAGAGGGUGAUGGGGAGGUGGCACUAUGGACUAACCACCGAGUUAUGGACUGGCUGAGAGCAGUGGACCUGGCAGAAUAUGCUCCUAAUCUACGUGGCUCUGGGGUGCAUGGAGGUCUGAUGGUGUACGAACCCAGAUUCACUGGGGAGCUGUUGGCCAGCCUGUUGAACAUCCCGCCUGCCAAGACACUUCUGAGACGACACCUGUUAACACACUUUAAGGAGCUGCUGGGCCGAGAUGUCAUUCAGCAGAAGCGGGAGGCAGAGGCCAGUCUAGGAUACAUCCCUCUCACUACCACUGCCAAAAUGAAGGUGCCAAAGAAGUCACAGUUCACACUGAAACGCAAGAAAGCCAAGUCGGAGCUAGACUAUGGAGAGUUGGUGUGCCCAUUAGCACAGGGCCGUGGAGGGGAUGACACCUCAGGUGAUGCCUCGACGCCUGGUAACACACAAAAUCAAGGGGAUGUCUCUCUUGAGAAGGAAGCAAAUGGUAGCAUCGUAGUCAAGAAUGGAACGCCAGGAUCUGAGCGCAAUACGAGUGUCUGACACACAAUAUGCAGCCGCAGUAUUGCAGGCACCUCUACCACCCUCUACGUCUAGACUUGCAGUUCCUCAGGCAAUAAUCUCAAGUUGAGGAGAAGAUUCCUGUAAUCCACUUUGCAACUGUGAAAAAGUAUAUGAAAGAAUUGUAAAAUAAUUCAAGACUAAUCUAGUCUGUUAAAAAAAUUUUAAGUUAAACAGGAGCAAGCUGAACUGUGACUGUACUCUGAGAGAGUUUAAUGCAUUUUAAAUUAAACAGAUAUAGUUUAUUUGUGCUGUUAACUCAAAUGAAUAGCAGUUGUGAAUUACAGGUUUCGUUUUGAAAAUUAAAUAACGUUUCAAACAUUGUACAUUUUUACAAUAUUUAUUUAAUUACAAAUAAUUGAGCUUAUAUUUGGAAAAACUUAUAAAUAAUUCAAAACAUUUCUUUAGAGUCAACAAGUAUGCUUUAAUCGUUAUUAAACAAUUAAUUCACAAGAUGUAUUACUUUGGUUUCUGGUUGGCUUAUUUGUUAUUGACUGUUAUAUUUGUGCCAUUUUCAAGAAAUAUUAUGGUUUUUUUAUAAUAUCUGUGUUUGCUUUGUGCACAAUUGAGUAUAGAAUUUUUGUAAAAGUAUUGUAAAGUAGUAUCUUGAUGUGCCUUUUAAAAUAAUCUCAAGGGUACAUUUUAAAUUAUGAACUUAUUUGUCAUGUGUUCUACAUUUUUUUAUUCCAAAUGUAAAAUGUUUAAACAAUUGUAUAGCACCAUUUUAGUUUGACAGCUGUACAUUUAGUUAAUUAUAACGGUUUUAAAUAAAUUAAUGUGAAUUUUAUGUAUAAUUUGUUUGUAAUGAAGAAUAAAGUUUAAUCAUUUUAGGCAUGUUUUAUAUUUUUACAUAUUUUAUUCACACAAUGUAUCCUUUGGGUUAUUUUGGUUGGCAGAGUCAUCUACAAAGUGUAUUAUGCAAUAAUCUCAACUAAAUCAAUUGUACUGCUUUUAUAAUAUUCUUUUAUUCUUCACAACAUUUUUAUAUAGUGUUCAUGAAUGUCAUUUGCUUUGUUGAAAUGAGCUGGAUUCCUUGAUGUCUAUUUAAAUGUUGUGUUUUAUUAAUUUUAUAAUCCAUUUUCAAUCACGCCAACAUAUCUUUUGGAUAGUAUCAUUCCCCUUUUAAACUAUCUUCAUUAACCAAUAUUUCGUAACAUUCAAUGUCAGUCUGUACUAAACACUUGUGAACCCAAACUGUACAAGGAAUGGGGGGGAGAUACCCACUCUAAAUUGAUCUUUCUUUAUCGGUAAUGGUCAAUACCAAUUUUUACUGAUAAUGCAUUAAAUAAUUGAACACAUCAUCACUUAUCCAUAACAAAUUUCUUUAGAUAAUUUUAAGUGAAGUGAAUGGAAAAAGGUAACACUUGAUAAAAUCCUACUUGUUAAAAUAAUCUGGUAAGAUUAGUGAUUAAAAUAAGUUAUAUAUAUAUAUAUAUAUAUCCAUCCUCAAUAUUGAGUAUUUAUUCGCACAAAACCUUUUAUAACAUUGUUGCGUCAAAGAAAAUAAUGCUUUAUUAUGUGUAAAAGUAUAUUUUAAAAUAAUAGAAAGAUUAUUUUUGUAAUAGUCUGGAAGCUGAGAGCCAAGUUGCAUUAUAUAAGAACAUAACCUACUUUUUGUGAAAUAGAGAAAAAAAACCUUAGAAAGAAAUACAACAUCAGCCAUGCUAAUCUUGUUGAAGUCGAUAUAGGAGGAUAUGUUCUGUUUAACUCUCUUUCUGGUAUUCAAUGCUAUCUUGUGAAAACUUCCUAAUUUUGGGAAUUGACAACUAACUGCCUAGUGGACGUAUGCUCACUUAAGUAUUUGUUAUAGUGCGAUAUAUAAACUUAUUAACAUGAUUGAAGUACCAAUAGGGGACGCUAGAGAAUAAAGUGCAGUUUGGGUUAACAAGUUAAUAUCUUUCUUAGAGUUAUAAUAAGGGUGUUUAAGGAUAGCAUAUCCUUCAAAAUGUCCAUCUACAGAUUCCAAUUACCUUUUAAAAUUAUCAGUAAAUUUUACUAUUAUCACUUUCUAAUACACCAUUACAUUAUUAUUAUUAUUAUUCUACGUGUUUAUAUAUACUAUUUACUAUUUUACCUGUACAUAAAUAGAGAGUACUGUGAAGUGUAAAGUUUUCAUUUUUUAUUCUUAACUAAGCUAAAAUUGAUGGGAGUAAUGAAAUAAUCAUUUCAAUGCACAAAACAUAGAAUUUAUCUUUUUUAAGAAUGCUUUUAAUAUAGAAGUUUUAAACACCAUUUAUGACUUACGAAAUGUGUUUCCUUUUUUUUAUAUAAAACAUCAUCUGCUCUCUGAUUAAAGUUAAUUUUUUAUGAUUGAAAAUUUGACAGGGUAACGGAAUUGUCUUGAAAAUUUUCUGUUGUUAAUGUUAUAAAAAGUUAGGAUCACAUUAUUUUGUAACUUGCAUUCUUGCAAUCUUUUUCUCGGAUGGAAAAAACUAACACAAAAUUACAUACACAACAAUGCACACAAACCAUACACAAGAAUCAGGGAACAGUGAACAAGUUGCACAUAAAAUACAAAAAAACAAAUCCUGUUACCUUGUCAUCAUUAUUAAGUUCGUGUCACCAUUACUUUCACUAUAUAUUAAACAAAUGUAAAAUAUAAGGAAAUAUUUUAUAAAGUUAUUUCGCUGUAAGUUUCUAUCUGUGUAUGUGUGUAAUGUGCCAAGCCAUGCCAAAGUAGUAUUAUGUCUAUAGUGUAGAGGUUUACACUCUUUUUCAAGUGCAUUAAGUGGCAAAACUGUUGUGAUCUCAGUUCUGC